GGCUGCACCUCACCCUCUCCCUCGUCUCUCUGGACGAACGGAACCGGAUUGCCUGGUUAGUGACCCUACCACUGGACGCGUACCCUUUUAGCAGCCCUUCCACACGUGCGAAGGUAGGGGAGGAGAGGAGGAGAGGAGAGAUGGCGUCGUCGACGGCCGCUCCUUGGAAGCAGCUCCUUGUCAAUGCACUCCAAGCCAACGCUCCUCUCAAACACUCUUCUUUCUUUCAGCUCGCAACGAUCGGCUUCAAUGGCAGACCUUCCAAUCGCACUGUCGUCUUCAGAGGAUUCCAAGAAGGCUCUGAUAAAAUCCAAAUCAACACGGAUUACCGAAGUCGCAAGAUUGAAGAUAUCAAACACUGCCCUUUUGGAGAGAUCUGUUGGUACUUUACAGAUUCUUGGGAGCAGUUUCGAAUCAAUGGGACAAUCGACAUCAUUGAUGGGUCAAAUCCUGAUCCUGUGAAACUUCAGCAAAGAGAGAGAGCUUGGUUUGCCAGUUCUUUAAAAUCAAGACUACAAUACUUGGGACCUUCCCCAGGUCUUCCAUGUAUAAGUGAAGAACCAUGCAAUGAGUAUCCUUUAGAUCCAUCUACAGGCCCAGUUGGUGCAUUUUGUCUUUUGGUAUUGGACCCAGAAGAGGUGGAUUACCUGAAUUUGAAGAGUAAUGAGAGGCUUAUAUACACAUCCAAACGAAAUGGUGAUGGUGGGCAGUGUUGGAUGUUAGAGAAAAUCAACCCGUAAGUUGACCAUGCGAACCUGCAAUCACAAGACGAGAACUGUUGCUGCUAUCUCAACCUGUGAACCGGUUACUUACCCUAAGCAAGAUAUGAUUCGCAAUUGGCAUUUGGCAGGUAAGUUACGGUGCAUUCGGUUGCACCAAAUGUCAUGAAGUUUCAUGGUAUUUUCCACCAAAUUAGACUGAUUAAUGAUUAAAAUUUAAUGAUAUUUGAUGCAACCAAAUGCACUCUUAUAUGAUGAAUUUGGCAAAUUUAUUUCCUUGUUUGGAUUUCCAAGUUGCUAUUUAGAUCGUUCCCUCAUUAAUAAUAUAUGCAUUACAUUCACAUCAAGCUUGCCUCCAAGUUAACUAGAUUAUGCAAAAUCACUGGUUUGGAGAAAGUUGCCUUUAGGGCACCCUCUGUAAGGUUAAAAUCUUCGUUGUAUGUGGAUGUAAAACAGUGUAUGGUGGAUUCCAGUUAUCCAUUUAUACUGUUGUAUUGGUAAAACUAAAAGUUCCUAAUUCCAAUGAAUAUUGAUAAUCCUAUAA